AUGGUGAAGAUCAGUUUAGAUAACGUCAAAUUGUUGGUUGAUGUGGACAAAGAGCCAUUCUUCAAGCCAUCCACCACCACAGUGGGUGAUAUUUUGACUAAAGAUGCUCUAGAGUUCAUUGUUUUAUUGCACAGGACUUUCAAUGGCAAGAGGAAACAAUUAUUAGAGAAUAGACAAGUUGUUCAAAAAAAAUUGGACUCUGGAUCUUACCAGUUGGAUUUCUUACCUGAAACUGAGAGCAUCAGAAACGACCCCACCUGGCAAGGUCCGAUUUUGGCACCGGGUUUGAUCAAAAGAUCUACUGAAAUUACAGGCCCUCCAUUGAGAAAUAUGUUAAUCAACGCCCUAAAUGCCCCCGUGAACACGUACAUGACGGAUUUUGAAGAUUCUGCUUCCCCCACUUGGAACAACAUGGUCUAUGGUCAAGUUAACUUGUACGACGCUAUCAGAAAUAAAAUCAAUUUUGACACUCCAAGGAAAUCUUACGAAUUGAACGGCAACGUCGCUGACUUGCCCACGAUCAUCGUGAGACCCCGUGGUUGGCAUAUGGUGGAAAAACACCUUUAUGUUGAUGAUGAACCAAUUAGCGCCUCUCUGUUUGAUUUUGGUUUAUAUUUCUAUCAUAAUGCCAAAGAACUGAUCAACUUGGGUAAGGGUCCUUACUUUUACUUGCCCAAGAUGGAGCAUCAUUUAGAAGCCAAGUUAUGGAAUGACGUCUUUUGCGUGGCCCAAGAUUUCAUCGGAAUCCCCAGAGGCACAAUCAGAGCCACUGUACUGAUCGAAACUUUACCAGCAGCUUUUCAAAUGGAAGAAAUUAUCUACCAAUUGAGGCAGCAUUCCAGUGGGUUGAAUUGUGGACGUUGGGACUACAUCUUCUCUACAAUCAAGAGGCUAAGAAAUGACCCUAACCACAUCCUGCCCAACAGGGACCUGGUAACAAUGACCUCCCCCUUCAUGGACGCAUACGUGAAAAGACUGAUAAACACUUGUCACCGUAGAAGCGUUCAUGCCAUGGGCGGUAUGGCCGCUCAAAUCCCUAUCAAAGACGAUCCCGUGGCCAAUGAAAAGGCCAUGACUAAAGUCCGCAACGAUAAAAUCAGGGAGUUGACAAACGGCCAUGAUGGGUCUUGGGUUGCACAUCCGGCACUGGCUCCGAUCUGUAAUGAAGUCUUCAUCAAUAUGGGGACUCCGAAUCAAAUCUACUUCGUUCCUGAAAAUGUCGUCACGGCUUCAAACCUCUUGGAGACCAAGAUCCCCAAUGGCAAGGUUACCACCGACGGCAUUAUACAGAACUUGGAUAUUGGCCUGCAAUACAUGGAAGCGUGGCUAAGAGGCUCAGGUUGUGUGCCCAUCAACAACUUAAUGGAAGAUGCCGCCACAGCUGAAGUGUCUCGUUGCCAAUUGUACCAGUGGGUGAGACACGGCGUCACACUAAGUGACACCGGCGAAAAGGUCACCCCACAAUUGACCCAAAAGAUCCUGGAGGAGCAAGUGGAAAGACUAUCCAAGGCAAGUCCACUAGGCGACAAGAACAAGUUCGCGCUGGCCGCUAAGUAUUUCUUGCCAGAAAUCAGAGGUGAGAAAUUCAGUGAAUUCUUGACUACGUUAUUGUACGACGAGAUUGUGACCACCAAGGCCACCCCCACUGACUUAAGCAAGUUGUAA